UCACGUGGAGGAGUUCCCUCCACUCCACCUUGAAAUCAAAAACAACAUUGUUGUUUGGUUUGGCGUUCCCUCAGAAUCACUUUUGGAGGCAAAAAUGCGUCUCAACAAAUGCAACUAUGCGUUUCAUGUAAUCACUUCUUUUCAUUCCCAAACCCUAGCCUCUUAUUUCUCUCUCUUCUCUUCACUUGCGGCCGAGAUCCAUUCUUCCCAAGCUCGGAAGUUGUAACAUCAGGACAAUGAGUAACAUGAAGAGGAAAGACAUUGUAGAUAAAGGAGGUGUAAGACCAAAGGCUGAAUGGGAUGUCAAUACAGUCAAAUUGUAUAUCAAAUUAUGCCUUGAUGAAAUCAAAAAAGGGAGAACGCAAUGGAACAACCCUUACAAAGAAAGGCUGGAAAUCUGUUUUAUCUAACUUUAAUGAGAAAACUGGGAAGGAUUAUGAAAAUAAGCAAUUAACAAACAAGUGGUAUAAUCUUAGGAGAGAAUGGCAAGAAUGGUAUAAGUUGUUUGCCAAGGAGACACUUGUGGGACAGGAUAGUGCAAAGAAUGCUGUAGAUGCGCCUGAUGAGUGGUGGGAGAAAAAAACAACUGGAAAAUCCACAGUAUGGAAAGUUUAGGCAAAAGGGACUUCCAUUUUACAUUGAAUUAACUACUUUGUUCAAGGAUAUGGUUGAUACUAGACAGGUUGCAUUGGUACCCUCUUCUGGGAUACCACCUAAUGGCACAGAUGAAAAUAACAAUGUGCAUCGCCUAUGCUUUGAGAGUGGUGGUAUAGAUAUCGAGGAAGGAUACGGGGAUACCGAUUUAUUGGAAGGUGCUAUUGCUGGAGUUGGUGCUUAUUUUCAAGAUAUAAAUUUUAGCACAUCCCGUGGAAAUGUUAGUGAUACAUGUAGCAUGAAGAGGCGAAGGGUUGGAUCUUUUGAUAGAACUGAGAAGAAAAAAAAUAUCAAGGUUUCUGAUGCAGAAAGGAUAGCUGAUGCAUUGAGUAGAAUUGCAUCCGUGUGUGAGUCGCGCACAGCUGCUAUGAAGGCACUGAUAGUACCUGCGACAUCUAUUCCUGAAGUGAUCGCUGAGCUUAAUUGCAUAGAGGUCAUUGGGAUCGAUCUUGAUUGGCAUUCCCGAUGUUGUCAACUGAUGUUGUUUAAGCCUGCGAGGGAAAUGUUUGUAGCAUUACAAGGACUGGGAAAUGAGCAAAGCUUGUUGAAUUGGCUUAAAUAUGCAGCAUAUACACCUCUGCCAUUUAUGAAAGAAGUAGAUUGGUCAAUGUUUUAAAUUAGAUUUUAGGGUGCUUUUGCAUUAGGCUAAAGCAUUUUAUGGCCUACUUAGUUUCUUUCUUAUGUGUUGGCAUUUUACUGUACCACUUAAGCUUAUGCUUGCUAGUUGACUUUAACAAUGUUGAUUGAAUUGGUUAAACCAUUAGAUUCUGCAAGCUUGCUGCCUAGCUGUAAUAGAAUCUCAAAACACUGCUUCAUGCAAACUUUCUUCAUAUUACAUUUCCAGCUUUUGAAACUCAGUUUA